CUCUUUAUCAUCAGUAACUACCCUACUAUUAUCAGUCGUAGUACAUAGUACGUACAUACAUACAUACGUCGUUCUCAGAAUAGACCAACGAUAGACGUGCUAUGCUUCUUCAUUUCGCCAGUAACGAGUCAGAAUUCGUUUUAUGUUGCGUUGUCCUUGCUUUCAUCCACUGCAAUAUUUCAUCAGACCCUCACUGAUUCAGCGCUGCAUAUGUAUACAUAUAUACAUCUACAAAGCCCAACCAAAAUGAAAUUGGACACAACCUACCCACUUAAUGUUAUUAAUUCGGAAUACAGACUUGAAAAUAUUCGGUCGAAGGGUUCCACUUCUUUGAAAGAUCUGUCAAUGCCAGAAAUAUUGCAAUUAGCUGAGAAUCGGGCAAGGAUCGAAGGUACAAACCGACAUUCUGGGAAGAAUCCCUGGCGCAAACGUAUGGCUGUAUCGGAAAGUGUGACCAGAUGCCAAAUGAGUGUAGAAAACUCAAUUCUAUCUACAGACUUUGAAUCACUUAUAACUACCAAUCAUACGAAUGAUAACCAUGAAUUCUUUGAUACUCUUCUGAAGAAAAUGACUGCCGAACAGUUUAUUACUAAAGAGAAAAGUCGGAAGAGAAAAAAGACGUACUUCCAGGACAAGGAGCAUACCAAUGUCAUAAGCUCGUUCAAACGCUACAAGGAUGUGAAGCCAAAUGAAAUAAAUGUUAUGCCAAAUGCCUCUUCUUCAAUACACUGUGAUGUUAAGUCAUCAAAUACAGUAUGCAGUAAAUACAAAAAUGCAGUAGAUCUAAAAUCUAGAUGCUUUUAUCAAAGAGUAAUACAGCACAGUGGAUUAUCAGCCCUGGAGAGUAAAUCAUGUCUAAAAACCAUUGGUGAAGACGUAAACAUGAAUUAUGAAUAUAAUCCAAAUUCGUUCAAUUCAAGAUGCCACUUGUUACCACUCCAGGUAACCACAUGCCCUAUCAAUCCAGAGAGAUUAGAUAGCGAAAAAAUCUAUUCAGGCAUCGCUUGUGAUACAAUACUAUCUGGCUGUAAUUCCAAAAAAAAAUAUCUGAAAGGCUGUUGGAACAUUCUGGACCCUUCAAAGAUUAGGAAAUGUCAGAAACCCCCCACUAUAGUGGUUGAACAGAUGGCCGUCAAUCGGAAUAGGGUGGAAUUUAAACGACUCACUAUGCACCCCUAUGAUUCACACCACUCCAUCCCUCAACAACAUUCGUUUCUUCAGUAACUUCUGAUAAUGGUAGGAAACAGUGGAGCCUGAUAUAUAUGUCGAUUCGGUAUUUAUGCAGCAUUAUUGUCUCCUAACAAGAGAGUAACCGAUAAAGGUAACCCAAAUUCGGUAUCUAUGUCAGUUCUAAGCCUCUGAGCUGCGACUGUUGUCGCUCAAAAAGUUUAUAAAUAUACCCACCCAUGAGUAGGAAAAACUUUUUGUUUGUAAAUCAGAAGCUAUUUCUAUACCCAUACAUCUUUGAUUAGCAGGAAGAAGCUAUCAAUAAGAGAAAUAAUAGUUAUCAUUUUGUGUUCUUUUAGAAAUUCCGUAAUGUCUCUCAAAAUUGACACUGGUAUUUGUGAUUUGGGUACGUCAUGAACAAUUAGAAUCAUAACAGUAUUCGAUGAGUCGUUUUAAUUUUAUUGUACUUUUGUUCUCAAGUAAAUAAAUUGUUUUUAUAAAACCCAA